AUGAAUAUUGUCAAGGGUGUUGCUGACCUAAUUCGAAGGACUUCUGGUGGCCAUGAUGGAGAUUCUGCUUCAGGGUCACAAGCUCAGAAGUUCUCUCCCCCUGGUCCGAAGAUCCGAUUCAGUGAAGUUGGAGAUGAAGCUGUCCUGAAUAUACUUUGGGAUAGAUACGAAAAAGCUAUUGAUAAGGUGGAAAAGAGGAGGCUGUUUCAUGUUUUUCUUAAGCAGUUUCUAGUUGUAUACAAGAACUGGGAACCAGUAAAUUGUGGCCAAAUUUCAGAGGUUGCUUCAACUACCAUCCAAACUGCAGAGUAUUCAUCAAACUCAGAUGUAGUUACUGGCUGCUUUGCUGGACAUCCUGCAGAAGUCAUUUUAAUACUGACUGAAGAGAUUACACAAUUAACUGCUAUGGUUGCAGAGUUAAACACCAGUACAGUUCGUUCAUCAGCAGACUUCUCUAACCAUUCCACAACCUUAAAUAUCAUAUCUGAAGGAAUGCCACUCCUGGAUGCUCUUAUGAUUGUUACCCGUUCGUUGCACAAUUGCAGAGUUUUUGGGUACUAUGGUGGGAUUCAAAAGCUGACGGCAUUAAUGAAAGGGGUUGUAGUCCAGCUUAAAACGAUAAGUGGUGCACUUUCAGCUGAUGAAAAGUCAUCUGAUUAUACUGUGGAGAGGACUGGACUCCUGCAACAAAUACUUGUAUAUGUGGUGUCAAUAAUAUGUAGUUUCAUUGAUUUAAAUUCAAAUGUAUAUGAAAAAGGUCAGUUGUAUAGUAAUACUAUAGGCUCUGUUUCAAGGGAUGGUACAUCUCCAGUUGAUUCUUCUGGUAGUUCAAAGGUUCCUUCUAGUGAAAUAAGGUUACGAUGGCAUCAGAGGGCAGUUGUGUCUGUGAUGGAAGCUGGUGGACUUAAUUGGUUAGUAGAGCUGCUGCGUGUAAUCAGAAGGUUAAGCAUGAAAGAACGGUGGACGGACACAUCACUUCUAGAUUUGUCUUUAAGAAUUCUUCAUUCAACAUUAUCUCAGAACCCUCGUGGUCAAAAUCAUUUUAAAAGCAUUGGAGGACUUGAAGUUCUGUUGGAUGGUCUUGGAAUACCGUCAAGUAAUGGGCUAAUGUCGAAAAGUUCUGCUGUUGAGAAAAGAUAUGAGAACACCUUGUUAAAAAUUUUCCAGCUCCAUGUUCUCUCUCUGGAAGUUCUCAAAGAGGCCGUCUAUGGAAAUAUCAGCAACUUGCAAUUUCUGUGUGAAAAUGGGAGGGUUCAAAAAUUCGCAAAUAGCUUUUGCUCACCUGCUUUCAUGUUUCAAGAGUACAAACAGCAGACCAAGGAUAUGUCUGGUCAACUUGAUUUCCAAAUGCCUAUGGUUGACUUUGGAAGUGAUAAGACUCUGAAAAACCAUAUAGCAGAGACUUCUGUUGCACUUCCUGCCAAUGUUUCUUACUCUCAACUUUGGAGUGAUUAUGCUGUGAAGCUGAGCAGGGUAUUUUGUUCUUUUCUUCCUGCUUCAGAAGAUAUUAAAUCUCAUGAUCUCGAAGCGUCCACUGGCCAGACCGCUGUGGCAGUUUCUUCAUUGUAUGGUGAACUUUCAAUCAAAUGGGUUAUGAGGGUUCUUGUUACAGUGUUCCCCUGCAUUAAGGCCUGUUCAAAUCAAAAUGAUUUGCCAAGCCACUUAAGGGUCUUUGUCAAUACUCUGCAGCAUUGUGUUUUGAAUGCAUUUAGGAAGGUUCUUGUUUCAUCCCCUGCAUCACUCAAAGUAUUUAGGGACGAGGGAAUCUGGGAACUCAUAUUUUCUGAGAAUUUUUUCUACUUUGGACCAGCUUCUGAUGAUCUUUCUGGAGAGUGUUGCACAUACGAGGAGUCUCCUCCUGAACUACUUUCUGCUUUUAGUGGCAUCAACAAUAUUCUCCAAAUGGAAGUAAUUUCUUUCGUGGAGUUUGCUGCAACUUCUAAUGGAAGUGCACAUAACUUGCCUGAAUUGUCUGCUCUGUUAGAUUCCCUUGAACAGUCUGCUUGCAAUCCUGAGGUUGCUAGUGUUCUUGCCAAGAGUCUGAUUCGCAUAUUACAGAUUUCAGCUGAGAAAACUGUUGCUUCUUUUAAGUCAGUUAAUGCAUUUCCUCGUGUGCUUAAAGUUGCUUGCAUUCAAGCCCAAGAAUCAAGAAGGUUUGUGAAUGCAAGCCCUUCUGUUGAGAGUAACGUUGUUGAAGUGGUUCCAAAUAAUCGAAAAUCCAAUUCACAUGAGACAAUGCAAAGAUGGCUUAAAUGCAUGGAGACGUCUAUGGAGCUCUAUAUGGAAUUUUUCUCAACAGCAGAAGAUGCUAGAAGUUUGGUUCUGCAUAGCUCUGCAUGUAUUGGUUAUUUAUUUGAUUUAUUCUGGGAAGAAGGUUUGAGAAAAAAUGUCCUUAAGCAUAUAUUUGAGCUGAUGAAGAGUGUAUCAUCAUCUGAGGAGGAUCAAAGAGCAAAGUUGCAGUUAUGCUCUAAAUACUUAGAAACAUUCACUCAAAUAAAGGAACGGGAGAAAAGCUUUGCAGAACUGUCUAUCAGUUUACUGGUCGGAAUGAGAGAUAUGCUCCAGAUUGAUCCCGUGUACUAUCAGACUUUGUUUCGUGAUGGAGAGUGCUUUUUGCAUGUUGUCUCUUUACUAAAUGGAAACCUUGAUGAGGCUAAUGGAGAAAAAUUGGUUCUGAAUGUCCUUCAAACUCUUACCUGUCUGCUUGCAAGCAAUGAUGCCUCAAAGGCUACAUUUAGAGUUCUUGCUGGCAAGGGAUACCAGACAUUGCAAAGCUUACUGUUGGAGUUUUGUCAGUCACGCUCAAGUGAAGGACUUUUGAAUGCGUUGCUCGAUAUGCUUGUUGAUGGAAAGUUUGAUAUGAAAUCAGGCCCUAAAAUAAAGAAUGAAGACGUGAUCAUACUUUAUCUGCGCAUUUUGCGGGAGAGCAGUGACUCGUCUCAGCAUAACGGGCUUGAUGUCUUUCAGCAAUUACUGAGGGAUUCCAUUUCCAAUCGGGCUUCCUGUGUCAGAGCAGGAAUGCUUAAUUUUCUUCUUGAUUGGUUUUCACAAGAAGAUAAUGAUAGCGUCAUCUUGAAAAUUGCCCAAUUAAUUCAGGUUGUUGGUGGGCACAGCACUUCUGGGAAGGACAUCCGCAAAAUCUUUGCGCUUCUCCGAAGCGAGAAAAUUGGGAACCGGCAGCAGUACUGCUCACUGUUGUUGUCCAGUGUUUUGUCAAUGCUAAAUGAAAAGGGACCUACUGCCUUCUUUGACUUCAGUGGGAAUGAUUCUGGUAUCAUAAUAAAGACGCCUGUGCAGUGGCCUCUGAACAAGGGCUUUUCUUUUUCAUGUUGGCUUCGGGUAGAGAAUUUCCCCAGAAGUGGAAAAAUGGGUCUUUUCAAUUUUCUUGCAGAAAAUGGGAGAGGGUGCAUGGCUGCACUUGCAAAGGACAAGCUUUUGUAUGAGUCAAUGAAUCUGAAGCGACAAUCAGUCCAGCUACAGGUAAAUAUUGUCAGAAAGAAAUGGCAUUUUCUAUGUAUAACUCAUAGCAUUGGAAGAGCAUUCUCCGGGGGUAGCUUAUUGAGGUGUUACGUGGAUGGUGAUCUUGUUUCUUCUGAAAGAUGCAGAUAUGCUAAAGUUAAUGAAUUGUUAACAAGUUGUAGAAUUGGUGCAAAAUUUGAUAUACCCAUGUAUGAUGACGAUUUUGCUAUGGAAUCUGUAAAAGAUUCACAUCCUUUCCUCGGUCAGGUUGGUCCUGUUUAUUUGUUUAAUGAUGCCAUUUCUUCUGAGCAAGUUCAGGGCAUCUAUUCCCUUGGACCGAGCUACAUGUAUUCGUUCCUUGACAAUGAAGCUGCCUCAUCUAAGGAUAACCCGGUGCUUAGUGGUGUCCUUGAUGUCAAAGAUGGUCUUGCAUCAAAAAUCAUUUUGGACUUAAUGCACAGGUUCUUUCGUUUUCCUGGAAAACUAGUUCUCUAUAAGGCAUGUGAUGGCAGGAAACUCUUUAAUGUUUCACCAAUGCUAGACCAUGUAUCAGAUAGGAACUCAUUUGAGGCAACUGUGAUGGUUGGCACACAGCAAUGUUCCAGACGCUUAUUGCAACAGAUAAUUUACUGUGUUGGAGGUGUAUCAGUGUUUUUCCCUCUUAUUGCCCAGUCCGAGAAAUAUGAAAAUGAAGAAAGUGGACAAUUUGACCAUACAUUGCCUAUUCCUAUCACAAGAGAGCGAGUGACUGCUGAAGUCAUUGAGCUUAUAGCUUCUGUGCUAGAUGAGAACAUAGCUAAUCAACAACAGAUGCAUCUUCUCUCUGGAUUCUCAAUACUGGGAUUCUUAUUGCAAUCAGUUCCUCCUCAGCAGCUUAAUUUGGAAACACUUUCAGCUUUGAAACAUCUGUUUAAUGUUGUCGCAAACUGCGGCUUGGCUGAGCUGCUUACUAAAGAGGCUAUAUCUAACAUAUUUCUUAACCCUCUCAUCUGGUUGUACACGGUCUAUAAGGUGCAGCGUGAAUUAUACAUGUUUCUCAUCCAGCAGUUUGAUAAUGACCCAAGGCUGCUUAAAAGUCUUUGCCGGCUUCCCCGUGUUAUUGAUAUAAUACGCCAAUUUUAUUGGGACAACCCGAAAUCUCGAUUUGCUAUUGGAAGCAUGCCACUCCUUCAUCCAGUCACAAAACAAGUACUUGGAGAGAGACCCAGUAAUGAAGAAAUACGAAAAAUUCGUCUCCUUUUGUUAAGCCUUGGUGAAAUGAGCCUGAGGCAGAAAAUUGCAGCUGCAGAUAUAAGAGCUCUAAUAGCUUUUUUCGAGACAAGUCAGGAUUCGACCUGUAUUGAAGAUGUUUUACAUAUGAUUAUUCGAGCACUUUCUCAAAAACCACUGCUUGCAGCUUUCCUUGAACAGGUCAAUCUGGUUGGUGGUUGUCACAUAUUUGUUAAUCUUCUUCAGAGGGAAUAUGAACCUAUCAGAUUGCUCAGCUUGCAGCUCCUUGGAAGACUUUUGGUUGAUCUUCCAUCUGAGAAGAAGGGAGCAAGAUUUUUUAAUCUUGCAGUUGGAAGAUCUCGAUCUCUUUCAGAUGGUCAUAAAAAGAUCAGUAUGAGGAUGCAACCAAUUUUUUCAGCCAUGUCUGAUAGGUUAUUCAGGUUUCCACAAACAGAUAACUUGUGUGCUUCCUUGUUUGAUGUUCUUCUUGGUGGUGCUAGCCCCAAACAGGUGUUACAGAAGCACAGCCAGGUUGAAAGGCAGAGAAGCAAAGGACAUGUCUCUCAUUUUCUCCUUCCUCAAAUUUUGGUUCUUAUUUUCCGAUUCCUGUCUGGCUGUGAAGAUGUGGCUUCAAGAAUGAAAAUUUUCAGAGAUUUACUUGAUCUUCUUGAUUCAGAUCCUUCAAAUGUUGAAGCUUUUAUGGAAUUUGGCUGGAAUGCCUGGUUAACAGCUUGUGUAAAGCUUGGUGUGUUCAAAAACUACAAAGUUAAUCCCCAAGACCAAGAUGACAAUGAGAAAAACGAGCAAGAUAUAGUGAGGAAUCUAUUUGGUGUUGUUCUUUGUCACUAUGUUCAUUCUGUAAAAGGUGGGUGGCAACAGUUGGAAGAGACAGUGACUUUCCUACUAAUGCAGUGUGAACAUGGGGGCGUUUCAUUUCGAUAUUUGCUACGUGAUAUAUAUAUGGAUUUGAUUAGGAAACUGGUGGAAUUAUCUUCUGAAGAGAAUAUUUUUAUCUCACAACCAUGCCGGGACAACACAUUAUACCUUCUAAGACUGGUUGAUGAGAUGCUUAUCUCUGAAAUUGACCAAAAACUUCCGUUUCCGGCAAGUAGCUCUGACUUUUCGCUUGAUUCCUUAGAGUUGGAACGCCAUAAAGAUUAUGGUUCAGCUUUAUACGAAGUGCUGCAAGGAGAAAUCGAUAGCCAAACAUCCAGGAUCCCUGGGAGUUGCAAGCAGCCAAUCAAUAAUGCAGAAGGCAUUGUAAAUGAAAAGUGGUGGAAUCCAUAUGACAAUUUGUGGAUUAUUUUAAGUGAGAUGAACGGUAAAGGACCAAGCAAGUCCUUACCCAAAUCAUCACCAUCUGUAGGUCCAUCUUUUGGCCAAAGAGCACGUGGCUUAGUGGAAUCUCUGAACAUUCCUGCUGCAGAGGUGGCUGCAGUUGUUGUAUCAGGAGGGAUAGGCAGUGCACUAGGUGGCAAACCUAACAAAAAUGUGGAUAAGGCAAUGCUCUUACGAGGGGAGAGAUGCCCAAGAAUAAUUUUUCGACUUGUAAUACUAUAUCUCUGCAGAGCUUCUCUAGAAAGAGCAUCACGUUGUGUCCAACAGGUCAUUUCGCUUCUGCCAUGUCUCUUGGUAGCUGAUGAUGAGCAAAGCAAAAGCAGAUUGCAGCUGUUCAUUUGGGCUUUGCUUGUUGUGAGGUCGCAGUUUGGAAUGUUAGAUGAUGGUGCUCGUUUUCAUGUGAUAUCGCACUUGAUUCGAGAAACUGUCAACUUUGGUAAAUCAAUGCUUGCUACUAGUAUUAUGGGGAGAGAGGACUCCUUGGAUUCAGGCAACAACGUAAAAGAAGCAGGAUCCAUUCACAAUCUAAUUCAGAGGGAUCGAGUGCUAGCAGCAGUUGCUGAUGAGGCAAAAUAUACGAAGUCAUUAGAUACAGAUCGUCAAAGGCAGUUACGUGAGCUCCAAUCUAGGAUGGAUGAAAAUUCUUCAGCAGAAUCUAAUAAUAGGAAAGCUUUUGAAGAUGAGAUACAAAGUAGCUUGACUUCCAUUCUUGCUUUAGAUGACAGCAGGAGAGCUGCAUUCCAGCUCACUCAUGAGGAGGAGCAACAAAAUGUUGUUGCAAAAUGGAUACACAUGUUUCGUGCUUUGAUUGAUGAGAGAGGUCCAUGGUCUGCUAAUCCUUUUCCAAAUAGUUCUGUAAGGCAUUGGAAACUUGACAAGAUAGAAGAUACCUGGCGACGUAGACAAAAGCUGAGACAGAAUUAUCAUUUUGAUGAAAAGCUGUGUCAUCCUUCGUCCUCUGUGCCUAGCAAUGAGGUUACACCUCCUGUUAAUGAAAGUAAAUCUGGUUUCGUGGGGCACAUUCCUGAACAAAUGAAACGAUUUUUGCUGAAAGGGGUAUGGAAGAUAACUGAUGAGGGCAGCUCAGAACCUAAUGAAAUUGAUACUGAACUUGGUGGGCAGAAACCCUCCAUCCCUAAGGAUACUUCAGACAGCCAGUGCUCCGAAUUAGCCAUGGAAACCAGUGAUUGGAUGCAGGAGAGAAAAGAUUCUUCUUCCUCUUCACUUGAGGCAGAAACUAGUGAGGUUCUUACAUCAGUUCCUUGUGUGCUUGUAACCCCAAAAAGAAAACUAGCUGGACAUUUGGCAGUCAUGAAAAAUGUCUUGCAUUUCUUUGGUGAAUUUUUGGUUGAAGGUACUGGGGGAUCAUCCGUUUUCAGAAACUUCCAUGGUUCAAGCAAUCAUGAUUUGACCAAACCUGAUCAAAAGCAGAAAUCUGUGAAACCACCACUACUUCUUGAUUCAGAUUCUGAGAAGGGUGCCACAGUCGAUAAAUUUGAGGCAAUGAAUGAAAAUGGUCUUAAAAGAAAACAAUUUAAAAAUAUUAAGCGCCACAGGAGAUGGAAUAUGGGCAAGAUAAAAGCUGUUUGUUGGACUCGUUAUUUGCUUCGAUACUCUGCAAUAGAGAUUUUCUUCAGCGAUUCAGCUGCACCAGUAUUUUUGAAUUUUGCAACCCAGAAGGAUGCAAAAGACACUGGAACCUUAAUAGUUGCUACUAGGAAUGAAUAUUUGUUUCCAAAAGGAAGUGGUCGGGACAAAAGUGGAGCUAUUUCAUUUGUUGAUAGACGUGUGGCACUGGAGAUGGCAGAAACUGCUCGAGAGAGCUGGAGGAGAAGGGAAAUGACAAAUUUUGAAUAUCUAAUGAUUCUCAAUACGUUGGCUGGAAGAUCUUAUAACGAUUUGACGCAAUAUCCUGUCUUUCCUUGGGUCUUGGCUGAUUAUUCCUCCGAGGUGCUUGAUUUUAAUAAGUCUUCCACUUUUCGGGAUCUUUCAAAACCAGUUGGAGCACUUGAUGUGAAGAGAUUUGAGGUUUUUGAAGAUAGAUAUCGUAGCUUCUCUGAUCCUGAUAUACCUAGUUUCUACUAUGGGUCUCAUUACUCAAGCAUGGGGAUUGUGCUUUAUUACCUUCUGAGAUUGGAGCCCUUUACUUCUCUCCAUCGAAAUUUGCAGGGUGGUAAAUUUGACCAUGCAGAUCGUCUCUUUCAAAGCAUUGAGGGAACAUAUCAGAACUGCCUUUCUAAUACAAGUGAUGUGAAGGAGCUAAUACCUGAGUUCUUUUACAUGCCAGAGUUUCUUGUAAAUUCAAACUCUUAUCAUUUUGGUGUGAGACAAGAUGGUGAACCUAUUGCAGAUGUUUGCCUCCCACCCUGGGCCAAGGGCUCACCGGAAGAAUUUAUUAACAAGAACAGAGAGGCCCUUGAAAGUGAAUAUGUUAGCUCUAAUCUACACCAUUGGAUAGAUUUGGUAUUUGGUUACAAGCAGCGUGGAAAACCUGCCGUGGAGGCAGCAAAUAUCUUUUAUUACUUAACCUAUGAAGGUGCUGUUGAUCUGGAAACCAUGGAAGAUGAUUUGCAAAGAUCAGCAAUUGAAGACCAAAUUGCAAAUUUUGGCCAGACACCAAUUCAGAUUUUCCGUAAAAAACACCCAAGAAGAGGGCCACCUAUUCCAAUUGCCCAUCCUUUGCGCUUUGCACCUGGUUCUAUUAACUUGACUUCCAUUGUUUGUAGUUCAAGUCAUCAACGGUCGGCUGCCUUAUAUGUGCGUACAGUGGACUCUAAUGUUGUCCUUGUAAACGAGGGGCUCACCUUGUCAGUUAAGAUGUGGUUGACAACCUCACUGCAAUCUGGUGGAAAUUUUACCUUCUCUGGCUCCCAGGAUCCUUCUUUUGGCGUUGGUUCUGAUAUUCUUUCUCCUCGUAAAAUUGGGAGUCCUUCGGCUGAAAAUGUUGAACUUGGAGCACAAUGCUUUGCAACAAUGCAAACACCAUCUGAGAACUUUUUAAUCUCAUGUGGAAAUUGGGAAAAUAGCUUUCAGGUUAUAUCCUUAAAUGAUGGCAGAAUGGUACAAAGCAUCAGACAGCAUAAGGAUGUGGUCAGUUGCAUUGCAGUGACAUCUGAUGGAAGCUUCCUUGCAACUGGAAGUUAUGACACUACAAUCAUGGUGUGGGAAGUCUUCCGCGGUAGAACCCAAGAAAAGAGGACUCGCAAUACACAGACCGAACUACCUCGCAAAGAUUAUGUCAUUGUUGAAACUCCUUUUCGUAUUCUCUGUGGACAUGAUGAUAUAAUUACAUGCUUAUAUGUCAGUGUGGAGCUUGACAUAGUGAUCAGUGGAUCAAAAGAUGGAACUUGUGUUUUUCAUACCCUGCAGGAUGGAAGAUAUGUAAGAUCGUUGCGCCAUCCAUCUGGAUGCGCUUUGUCAAAGCUUGUCGCCUCUCGGCAUGGACGCAUCGUCUUUUAUGCUGAUGAUGAUCUGAGUUUGCAUCUGUAUUCAAUUAAUGGUAAACAUCUUGCUUCUUCUGAAUCCAACGGACGCCUCAACUGUGUUGAGUUGAGUGGGUGUGGUGAGUUUUUGGUUUGUGCUGGUGACCAAGGGCAAAUCAUUGUACGCUCUAUGAAUUCACUUGAGGUCAUAAAGAAGUGUAAUGGAGUUGGAAAGAUAAUUACAUCUCUGACAGUGACCCCAGAAGAAUGCUUCUUAGCAGGAACAAAAGAAGGAACCCUUCUCGUGUAUUCUAUAGAAAAUACUCAACUUCGCAAAGCUAACCUUCCUCGAAAUUCAAAGACCAAACCUUCUUCAACAGGAUAA